CAUCACUUCACAGCCAUUGCUUCCAAAGUCGCGACUAGCAUCUGUAACAGGUCAAUCACCAUGAACAGCGUCCUUCUAGCAGCCCUUGCAAUUGUCGCCGUAGCUUCGGCUGCCAGUCCGAACGAUGUGAUAGCGAUCGUCAGUCAGGAGCAAGACAUCAGCCCUGACGGUAGUUUCAGCUCGAAAUGGGAAACCGCGAACGGAAUUUCGGUGCAGGAAAGUGGGACGCUCAAGAACGCAGGGCAGAAGGACGAGGCCGAGGUGAUUCAAGGGUCGGCCGCCUGGACAGCGCCGGAUGGUACUAAGUUGAGCUUGCAGUGGCUUGCGGACGAGAAUGGCGCCAAUUUUCAGGGAGCUCACCUGCCCACGCCGCCGCCACCUCAGGAAAUACCAGCAGCCAUUCAACGAGCUCUUGACUGGAUCGCUGCCCACCCUCAUAAAGAGGAAUCCAGCCCCAAGGGAAAGUUUUAGGUUCCCGGUGGAAAAUUUUAUGCUAAUUAACGUUGCGAAAUAAACGAUUAUUGAAUAUUAUAAA